AUGGUAUUUUUUUUCUCUUUGCUUGCUUCUCUUGUAGGCCCUGAUUACAUUUGUUAUGUGGUCUCAGAAUGGCUGACACCUAAACACCCUCUCUCACUGAGCUUCCAUUUUUUCUCUAUCUUUCUUCAUUUUCUCUUCUUUUUAUUUUUCCUUCAUUUUUCAUAUUUUUUUCCUUUUUCUUCUGUUUCCUCUUUUGCAUUCAUCUUUUCCAAUUUCUAUAUCAUCUUUUUCUUCCUUUUUUUUGAUUUUCUUUUUCUAUAUCAUCUUUUUCUACCUUUCCUUUUUCUCUUCUUUGUCCCUUCGACGGAUAUGUGCUUCUUUUCUUUUUCUUCUUUUUCCAUUUUUCUAUCUUCCCUUUUCUUUUCUUUCUUCAUUCUGUUUCUCUUCUUCUUUCACAUCUUGAUUUUUCUCUUCUUUCUUUCUUCUUCCCAUUCUCUUACCUCCUUUUGUUCUUCGUCUUUAUCACUUCUCUUUCCGUUCAUCUCUUUACUGCUUUUUGUACCUUGUCAUCGCUUUUUUUAUCCUAUCUUUUCUUUUCUUCCUUCUCUACAUUUUUCUAUCUCUUUUUUUCUUUCUUGCUCUUUCCUGUUACCUCUUUCAUCUUCUCUUCUUCCUCAACACAAUCAUUUCUUUUUCUUUUUCACUUCUCCCUCCACAAAAUCAAUCCUCUUUCUUCUUCUCUGCUUCCACCACACAAAUAUUCCUCUUUCCUCUUCUCUUCUUCCUCUACACAAUCAUUCCUCUUUCUUCUCUUCUUCUUCUUCCACACAAUCAUUCCUCUUUCUUCUCCUCUUCUUCCUCUACACAAUCAUUCCUCUUUCUUCUCCUCUUCUUCCUCUACACAAUCAUUCCUCUUUCUUCUCCUCUUCUUCUUCCACGCAAUCAUUCCUCUUUCUUCUCCUCUUCUUCCUCUGCACAAUCAUUCCUCUUUCCUCUCCUCUUCUUCCUCCAUACAAUCAUUCCUCUUUCCUCUUCUCUUCUUCCUCCACACACUCAUUCCUGUUUCCUCUCCUCUUCUUCCUCCACACAAUCAUUCGUCUUUCUUCUCCUCUUCUUCCUCUGCACAAUCAUUCCUCUUUCCUCUUCUCUUCUUCCUCCACCUCAUUCCUCGUUCUUCUCUCUCUCUUCUUCCCACACAAUCAUUCCUCUUUUCUCUCCUCUUCUUCCAAUCAUUCCUCUUUCUUCUCCUCUUCUUCCUCCACACAAUCAUUCCUCUUUCUUCUCUCUUCUUCCUCCUCCACAAUCAUUCCUCUUUCUUCUCCUCUUCUUCCUCCACACACUCAUUCCUCGUUCUUCUCCUCUUCUUCCUCCACACAAUCAUUCCUCUUUCCUCUCCUCUUCUUCCUCCACACAAUCAUUCCUCUUUCUUCUCCUCUUCUUCCUCCACACAAUCAUUCCUCUUUCCUCUCCUCUUCUUCCUCCACACAAUCAUUCCUCUUUCCUCUCCUCUUCUUCCUCCACACAAUCAUUCCUCUUUCCUCUCCUCUUCUUCCUCCACACAAUCAUUCCUCUUUCCUCUCUUCCUCUUCAAUCAUUCCCUCUCCUCUUCUUUCCUCUUUCCUCUUUCCUCUUCUUCUUCCUCCCACAAUCAUUCCUCUUUCCUCCUCUUCUUCCUCCCACAAUCAUUCCUCUUUCCUCUCCUCUUCUUCCUCCACACAAUUAUUCCUCUUUCCUCUCCUCUUCUUCCUCCACACAAUCAUUCCUCUUUCCUCUCCUCUUCUUCCUCCACACAAUUAUUCCUCUUUCCUCUCCUCUUCUUCCUCCACACAAUCAUUCCUCUUUCUUCUCCUCCUCUUCUUCCUCCUUUUCCAAUCAUUCCUCUUUCCUCUCCUCUUCUUCCUCCACACAAUUAUUCCUCUUUCCUCUCCUCUUCUUCCUCCACACAAUCAUUCCUCUUUCCUCUCCUCUUCUUCCUCCACACAUUCCUCUUUCUUCUCCUCUUCUUCCUCCACACAAUUAUUCCUCUUUCCUCUCCUCUUCUUCCUCCAUAAAAUCAUUCUUCUUUCCUCUCCUCUUCUUCCUCCACACAAUUAUUCCUCUUUCUCUCCUCUUCUUCCUCCACAAUCAUUCCUCUUUCCUCCUCUUCUUCCUCCACACAUUCCUCUUUCUUCUCCUCUUCUUCCUCCACACAAUUAUUCCUCUUUCCUCUCCUCUUCUUCCUCCAUAAAAUCAUUCCUCUUUCCUCUCCUCUUCUUCCUCCACACAAUCAUUCCUCUUUCCUCUCCUCUUCUUCCUCCACACAAUUAUUCCUCUUUCCUCUCCUCUUCUUCCUCCACACAAUCUUUCCUCUUUCCUCUCCUUCCUCCACACAUUCCUCUUUCCUCUCCUCUUCUUCCUCCUCCACAUAAUCAUUCCUCUUUCUUCUCCUCCUCUUCUUCCUCCACACAAUUAUUCCUAUUUCCUCUCCUCUUCUUCCUCCACACAAUUAUUCCUCUUUCCUCUCCUCUUCUUCCUCCACACAAUUAUUCCUCUUUCAUUUUCUCUUCUUUCUCCACACAAUCAUUUCCCAUCAGUUUACUUCCAUCAAGAAGACAGUCUUUAUGCUUUUCUUUGAAGAUUUUUAUCUCAUGUCAUUUAACUGUUAAUCUUUUCUCUCUCUCUCUCUCUCUCUCUUCAAACUUCUUUUCCUUCCUCCUUUUCAAAUUCUCACUUUCUUUGCAUCCUCCUCCUCUUUUCCUCCUCCUCCUCCUCCUCUUUUCCUCCUCCUCCUCGCUACAGCACUCACGAUGGAAAUCCUGGAAAUUUGUAACGUUUGAUCUUUCUUUCAACUCUUUCAUCAAUUUCUUCCCUUUCCCAUCAUUUCUUCUCUUUCUCUUCAUUUCUUCUCUUUCUCUCCAUCUCUUUUCUUUUUCUCCAUAUCUUCCCACUUCAUUAUCUUCUUUUUUAUCUAAUUUUUUCUUCUUUUUUAUUUACUUCUUCAUUUUUACAAUACUACUCUGUUUUUUAUAUUUUUUCAUUUUUACCCUCUUCUUUUUCUUCCUAUCAUCUCACUCUACUUUUCCCUCUCAACUCCCUCCUUUUUUUCUCUUUCUUGCUUUGUUUCACAUUCUUCUUUUAUUUUCUCUUUCCUCUUCUACACAAUCCUUUAGUCUCCAUUCAGGAGACACUCUUCAUGCUUUUGUCUGUCUGGAAUAA